UUGUCAUUGCUGGAUCGUCGAAGUGUUGCUCCGGUCUUUCGUUUCAUAAUCAUAACACGCAGUGCGAUUAAAGCGGUUUACAAAAAAAAUAAUUCCUUGAAUUUUCAUUUAAUUUUAAAAAAAUGAACGCGCUGACCAAAUUAUCCGGCUGCCGUCCAUAUCUGGUCACAGGAAUCCGCACGAUCGCUACCGGUGUGCCCCGGUUCGACGUCUUCAAAAUUCAGAGUCCACAGGAAUUUGACGAGAAAGUGAAAAAUAGCAAGGAUCCGAUUAUUGUGGACUUUUUUGCGACCUGGUGUGGCCCCUGCAGAAUGCUGACCCCCAGAAUCGAAACUAUCAUCGGUGAACAGAAAGGCAAGGUGAAACUAGCAAAGGUCGAUAUUGACGAACACAGCGACCUAGCAUUGGACUACGAGGUUGCUUCCGUUCCAGUCCUGCUGGCGAUUCGCAACGGAAAGGUGGAGCAACGUCUGGUCGGUCUACAAGAUACGGACAAACUGCGAAACUGGGUCGAGAAAGUAGUGAAUGAGAAAAAAUAAUCCAGAACCAUCAAACAUUUAGCUGUGUGAAUAGGAAGAUAUUGCUACAGCGUUGAAUUCUGGCUGGCAAAGAAACCCCAGUGAUAACGAGAAAUGUGGAUAAAAUCUAGCAGCACGUUUUCUUGUUGAAAUACCUAUGUAAAAUAAAAACUGUUUAAAUGUGA